UCAGCUGUUCUCUGCUGCAGGACCUUACCUGUUCCUCAGUCCAGCGCUGUAGUUUUUCCACGCACCGGCAUCUCACUGUGCUUUGUGAAUGGUCCGGCGUCUUCUGGGACACAUGACAGGUCUCUGGUCAUCUCCUGUACUGUGCCCGCAGUCUCUGGUCAUCUCCUGUACUGUGUCCGCAGUCUCUGGUCCAUCUCCUGUACUGUGUCCGCAGUCUCUAGUCCAUCUCCUGUACUGUGUCCGCAGUCUCUGGUCAUUUCCUGUACUAUGUCUGCAG